AUGAGGCUUUCUUCUCUCUUCUCACUCGUCCUCCUGAGCGAGGCCGUCGGCCGUGUCUCAGGCAACAACAACAACAACAACAACAACAACAACAACAACAAUUGCUUGGACCAGGUCUCCGCGAACACGAUGGCGGUGUUCAGCGGCGCGCCGUUCACGCUGGCCUCCCGGUACAACAACGGAUCGGCCUGCGCAGGCUACUGUGACGGCCUGGCCGAGUGCCACGCGUGGCUGUACAGCGUGCGAGGCGGGGACUGCCAACUCUAUAAGAAGACCGCCCUCUCCACGUUCCCGUCCCAGCAUUUCAUGUAUGGCGUCUGCGGGAGUCGUCUCCCUCCGUCGUCGUCGGCUGCUGCUGCUGCUGCCAGUUCUGCCGUUGUCGCGGGGGUUGGUUCGCCUGCCAGUUCCGGUAUCAGUGUGUCAACGCCGGCGUUCUCUGCGGAGAUGAGCAGUGGUAGCAGUAGUAGUGGUAGCAAGAGUAUUGCUCUAAGCAAAAGGCACCUCGACAACCACCGUCACCACCACCACGGUCAUCGGCAUCGAGAUUAG